UGAUGCACCGCGGUGUGCGCAGGGCGGUCUGUGGUCACGUGGUGCACGUUGGAGCCGCGGCGCGCAGUCUCCUCUUCGUGGACCAUGCGGGCGGUCACCGUGUCAACUUUGCUCCUCGUGUUCCUCCAUUCGGGGCUGGCUCUGCAGAUCCAGUGCUAUCAGUGUGAGGAGGUGACACAUGACUGCUCCACACAGGAGUUCGUAGUGAACUGCACCAUCAACGUGCAGGACAUGUGCCAGAAGGAGGUUCUAGUGAAGGAUGACGGGAUCCACUACCGCAAGUCCUGUGCCUCGUCGGGAGCCUGCCUCAUCGCCUCCUCUGGUUACCAGCAGUUCUGCACCGGAAGGCUCAACUCCGUGUGCAUCACCUGCUGCAACACGCCGCUGUGCAACGGGCCGCGCCUCAAGAAACGGCCCCAGCCAUCGGCGGCCAUCACCCCCACCGCGCCGCGGCUCCCCGUCCUUUCCCUCUACGCUUGUGUCCUCGUGUCCUCCACGCUGUGCUGACAGACCUCCACGGGCUCAGUGGGGGUUCUGACAGUGGAGACAACUAAUGGAGGCAGUGAGGAAUGGAAAUGUGGAAACGUGUGUUCUUUGAGGCUCCCAUUCUGUCCAAAAGUCAUUUUAUGACCCUUUUCUUUAUGAUCACACGUGUCAUGUCACUGACAGCAUGGGACAGCUUUCCACUACAAGGUCAAAUAGUAAGUAAGUCAUCAAUAUUGUGAGGCGGCACAGUCACAGAUUUUGUCGUACUAACGAAAUGAAAAAGACAACGUAAGAUAAUAGUAUUUGAUGAUUGGAUGCAGUCAGAAAAAAAAGGACAAAAGAAAUCAGUUACAUUAUAAUAAAAAUAGAAUGACUAGAAGGUGCAUCAGUACAGUGGAAUGUGUUGUAUAGUCAAACGUACCUUUAUUGGAGAUGUCUUCAGAGCCAAAUAUAGACGUGAUGUGAUGUGCUCAACAUGCAAGUCGUGAGUCAGAAUGUGACUUGGAUGUUCUGGAGUACAACCAACAUGUUGAGUGCUUUUUAACACCGUGUUUUUCCAUCUGUGUUUAAACCAGCUGACAUCCUGCUGCAUCCAUCACUGUGGAGGAGGAUUUCCCAUUUUUGCAUACAUUUAUUUGGACUAUUUUUACUGCCAUUACUCCAUGU